AUGUUGCGACUCGCAGUACACGAAAACUUCAUUUGAACUUUGACUGCGAUCCACACAGCUGGCCGUUUUUAUGAGCGAGUCUCCGGCGUAAUUACAACAUGAGCCAAGAUCAGACCAGUCUGGCCGAGGUUGAGUACUCGUUUAUCGCCAAGCUCGACAACGCCAAGGACCUCUCGCAACUUCUGAGAGCAAUCAGCAUUAAAGAAGUAGCCACGGUGGAGAUCAACGACAUGGGUAUCCGAGUGAUCGCUCAAGAGGGCAAGUGCGUUCAAGCCAUCGCAUUCGUCCAACGAGAACUGUUUGACAGCUAUGCUCUAAAGGAACCGACAGUCUCGUUCGAUAUCAGUCUGUCCAUAUGGCUGGAAUGCCUCACAAUGUUCGGUGCCAUGGGUGGACCUGUCUCAACGCGACUGUGCUAUGGAGGUCAAGGGAACCCUCUGGUCAUGUUCCUCGAGGAAUCUGGCGUUGUGACUGACUGCAAGAUACGGACGCUGGAGUCAGAAGGUGUUGUCAAUUUUGACCUGUCAAAGGACAACGUGAUUAAUGUCGUCAUACUGAAGUCUGAAAGCAUCAAGGAAGUCUGGUCAGAGCUUGACAUUUCCAGUGAAGACAUGGAAGUUUUCAUAUCUCCGAAUGACCCUUACUUCAGGUUGAGCACAUUUGGAGCUGCAGGCACUGUUGAGGUGUCUUACUCUAAAGAUUCAGACUUCAUGGAGUCCUUUCAAUGCAAGAAGGAGCAAAAGAACUCGUACAAAAUAAAUCUCAUGAAGCAGUGCAUCAAAGCCCUCAAUCUGUCCAGCAAGGUGGCCAUCCGCACAGACCAGCUUGGGCUCAUAUGCUUCCAGUUUCUCAUACGCACGGAAGAAGGCACUGCCACCUUUGUCGAGUAUUAUUGCACUCCAAACCGAGAGGACCCACAAGAAUACUGAUGAAGCAGUUGUAUGGAGUGCUGCUUGUUAUUUUUGUACAGGUGAUUGCAAAUUCUUAUGUGUACUUGUAAAUAAAAAAGAUUUUAUAAGUA